AAUGACUAACAUUACAAAUUUAGAUAAAUGGGUCUAAAAAUAAAACUACACAUUGAUCUUUUUUACACGUGAUGAUUGUAAUCAUUGUCAAAGAUUGGAAGAAGAAUUAGAAAAGGCAUCUGAAAUGAUUAAUGUUGGUACUCCUGGAAGUAUUGGUAUUCCAGUAGCUAAAAUUAAAAAUUAUGAACUUAAUAGAUAUCCUGUCUUAAGACUAUAUGUAAAAGGACUAUACACAGAACAUUCAGGUGAAUGGGAAUAGAAAAAAUUAGAAUCAUGGACAGAUAUAAGAGCAUUAUCAUAUAUAUCAGAAUCUGAUUCAGAACCAACAAUAAGAUGGAUCCAUGAGUCUCAUAAUAUUAGUGUUUUAGUUUUCAAUAACUCAUUUAAGUAAGAAUUGAAAUGGCUUAAAACACUUAAACAUCAUAUUCAUUUUACUUAUACUACCUUACCAAAUGCUCGAUCAAUACUCAAUGUUGGAGAAGAAACUACACUUGUAAUGUUCACAGAAAAGGGUAUUAAUAGAUAUGAUUAUGAUGGUGAAAUAACUUAUGAAAAAGUCUUUAAAUUUGUUGAGGAUCAUGAAGAAAAAUAUUAUUAAGAAUUUACCCAAGAUGCUAUUGAAACUGCUUUUUAUGAACCUAAAAAACCAGUAUUAUUCAUUUUUGAUGAAAAAGAUUAUAGAGAUUUAGCUAAAACACAUUAAAAGGAGUAAUAAUAAUAAUAUAAAUAUUUAGAAUUAAUACAAUAUUAGUUAAGUAAGAUUAAGUGACAGAUAGAAUAUUGAAUUUCUUAGGAAUUAAAGGUAUUUAACGUCCUUUAGCUGUUAUUUAUGAUUAAAAUCAUUCUUAAAAGAAAUAUAGAUCAUAAUUCUCUGAAUUAAGUGAAGUUAGAAAAUUUGUGAAUAAUUUUCUUAAUAAUAAAUUAGAACCAUAUUAUAAAAGUUAAACACCAGUUAAAAAUGAAAAUUGGGAAAAAUAAAUAUUAACAAUAGUAGGUGAAGAUCUGCCUAAACAUGAUAAUAUUUUUAUCUAUUUUUAUUCAAGUUGGUGUAAAGUAUGCUAAUAAUUUACUCCUAUUUUUGAAUAACUAUUUAAAAAAUAUAGAGGAUAAAAAGCUUUUGGUAUGUUUGAUGCAAGUGAAAAUGAAGUAAAUUAAUAAUUUAUUAUUUUUUAGGUCAAAGAUUAAUUCAUUAAAGAAGUUCCAAUGAUUAGAUGGUACAAUUCUUAAACAAGAUAAGUUGUUACAUUUGAUGGACCAUUAACAUUAGAUGCUCUUAGUGAAUUUAUAGAUAAAUAAGGAAAAAAAUAGGUUUCUGAUGAUUUAUGAUGUGU